CAACUGUGCCCUUCUUUACUCCACAGACCCCACAAUGAGUAAAGGAUCAGCAACAUCUACCCUCAAACAAGGGAACCAGCGAGUUCUAUGGGAAGAUGAACUACAUGUGGCCUUCUUGGACCCAACCCCCAACUUGAGAGGGGCCACUGUGGUCAUGUGUAAGGACUUGGAGGCCAGAGACUUGUGGACACUGACUGAGGAACAGUUUGUAAAAUUAAUGCUGGCAACUAAACAGAUAGCCCAGCACGUUGCAGCAAAGCUGACGGUACGACGUUGUGCAAUGGUGGCCGACAGCAAGGUCAGAGGUCAUGCCCACACCCUAGUCCUACCCCUAGACAGUGUGGGGGAGAGAUGGUCUCCUGUGCUUGCAGAGGAGACGGAGUUUAGCACUGUUUGCCCUGGGUAUGUCACGACAAAGAGCUGCCCUCGUGCUGAAGACUCUACACUGGACAACAUCCAGUCUCGCAUCCUGCAAGCCAGCCAAUGCAACUUACCAGACAAUGGUGAAGUGAGUCAAAGUCAUCCCAAGUUCUCUCCAGACACAACCUUCUUUGGGGAGGCGUCCGACGACAACCUGUUUGCUCGCAUCGUUCGCGGAGAGCUGCUACAGUGGCGCGUGUGGGAAGACAGGGACCACGUAGCCUUCCUUACCCCCUUCCCCAACACACCUGGAUAUACAGUUGUGGUCCCACGGACACACCUGUCCAGUGAUAUCUUCAGUCUUCCAUCAGAUGCUUACACUAAACUCCUCCUGUGUGCUAGAACUGUAGGCCUGAUCAUGAAGAAGGGACUGAACACUGAAGGAUUUGCAAUUGUAUGUGAAGGCAUGGAGAUAGAUUAUGCCCAUGUGAAAGUCAUACCUAUAUAUACAACAACAGGUUCUACAGAGCCAGUAGAGCCUCUGUACAUGGAGAAGUAUAUUGGUUUUGUGACCUCCAAGCCAGGGCCUACUGCAUCAGAGGACUAUCUGGACAAGAUGGAAUCUCUGUUGAAAAUACAAUGAACACUGUUUGUAAUCCAUGCCCAUUCUCCUACACAGAGACAUCCAACGGCACCAGCAAACCGCCUCUUGUCUGUACUCUGCUAUCUCAGCUGUCACCAUCAAUUCCUGACCGCCCUGCUUCUAAAUAUUAAUGAGCUUAUUACCCUUAUGAAUGCAAGAUCCCUUUUGAAAACUGAAAAGCCUAUUCUCUGAUUGGCUGAAAGCUGGUUUGUGGCAAUGCCCACAAGAACUUAUCGGAUGGUGACAGUUGAGAUAGCAGAGUACAGACAAGAGGUUGGCGCUAUUAGAUGUCUCAGCGUAAGAGAAUGUCCAUACCUGGUUAACUGCGCCAUGGCUUAACACACUACGUUUUGGGUACAAUAUGCCCUGAAAUUUAGCCAUGUGCAAAAAGUAUAUAGAAACUGGCAUUAAUAUCAACCAACAAAUACAUCAUAAGCACAUCAGCCUAGCUCAUGCCUCAUGUGUUUUUAUGUUUCUAUGUUAUGGAAAAAGAUAUAUUCCUUUGCUGGUUUGAUCUUCUUUCUUCCUUUUGAUGCACAUGUAGAAAGACAUUUAGGGUUUGUUGGAGAUUAGUUAAAGUUGGUGGUUUUCAAUGCUGUGAGAACGCAAUGAAACUUUACCAAGCCC